UAUCUUUUGACAAAUUUUGCGCUUGUGAACAUGCAGUCACACAAAGAGCUCAAAACUAACUGACCUUCAAAAAUCUUCAACAGAGGAAUGCGUUGCGUCCUCUCUAGAGAAAGAAAAAAUGGUCAAGGGUUGGUUUUUUUCUCGCAUUCCUUUCGAUGACACAUAGACUGUGGAAUUUUGUUAUUUUUUUGAAUACCUACAAAGGACUGGCUUGAAACAGAAGAUACAAUAAUUUAACUUUACCGAAUGUCGCCAUAAUUCAUUGGUUUAAAUAGAUUUUAAACAAAUGCCUCACUUGAACAUACGUUACAAAAUAAAAAAAUGAACUCUCUAUUUUAAUUAUCAACUAGAAAUCGUUUCUAAUGGACGAGGUGCAGCCGUUCACAUUCGUACGAUUAAAAAUAGUCCGAUUAUUCACAACCGCAAAGUCGUACGACUACGCAUCCAAUGGAUGGCCAGCCUUAUUUUGUGAAUCCAUAAUUCGACGUCAAUAACUGUCAGAUCUUACAUCAUCUCAAUAUUAUGUCAAACGGUCGCCAUAUUUGUGUUUGCGGUAGAGAACAUGGAAAGGGGCCGGUUGUAAUUUCAAUAACAACGUGCAAACACAAAGAUUCAAAAAACGGUGGAGAGUCCGUUCACGUAUCAUUCCCACCAAAAGCAACUGACACAAAAUCUACAACAUUAAGGACAACUGCAGAUGACAGACGAAAUUCUUCGGUGCGAUUGGGUGCAAUCAAAAUGUCUUCAACAGAAGGUGAAGGAGAACGUCCAGAGGAGGAUAAAGAAACAGCACCAACAGCAACUGACACAAAAUCUACAUCAAAGACAACUAUAGAUGGCAGACGAAAGUCUUCGGUUCCAUCUGGUGCAAUCGAAAUGUCUUCAACAGAAGGUCAAGGAGAACGUCCAGAGGAAGAUAAAGAAACAGAACCAAAAGCAACUGACGCAAAAUCUACAUCAAAGACAACUGUAGAUGAUAGACGAAAGUCUUCGGUUCCAUCGGGUGCAAUCGAAAUGUCUUCAACAGAAGGUGAAGGUGAACAUCCAGAGGAGGAUGAAGAAACAGAACCAAAAGCAACUGACACAAAAUCUGCAUCAAAGACAACUGUAGAUGACAGAAGAAAGUCUUCUGUUCCAUCGGGUGCAAUCGAAAUGUCUUCAACAGAAGAUGAAGGAGAACGUCCAGAGGAGGAUGAAGAAACAGAUUCGUUUUUAAAAGAUGGAGGAGAAUUAGAUAAAGAAUAUGGAGAUCCAGUAGCGACAAGUACACCUGAAAACGGGAGGUCAAAGGAAGACGUGAAAACUAUAGAAUCAACGCCACAAGAUGAAGCGUCGAUCUACGUUCCAGCAAAUGAAGAACUAUUGGAUGAAACUCAAAAAUACGAAACUCCUCCCGAGUCUAUAACUGAUGUUGAAGAACCUCAAAACGAGCAACCACAAAAUACAAUUGUUGACGAACCAACUGAAGAAGCUGAUGAAAACCCAAAUGACGUUAAUAUAAUGAUGGUGACUGAAACUGCAGUGAAUACCAUGCCUUUUCUGGACAAUAUGUUUAAGUUCAGGCAGGGAUAUGGUAGCAAAUCAAUGCCAAGUUUCGAUAUAGAACGAAAAGAUGAAAAUAGUGAUUGCACAGUGGAAAUAUUUAUUUUUGAGAAGCACGUCAAAGAUUGCAGGCGCACUAAAAUGCUUGAAAUCAUAAAUGAUAAUUCCUUUCACGACGGUGAUUCUUGGAUCGAAAAUAUUGGACGAAUCUCAUUUCCCACUGGCGGUGACGAAUUUCGUAGUAACCAAUCGUCAAGGAUUACCUUAACAUCUGAAGAUUCUCAGAAUAAUAGGAGCGAUUCUGCAAAAAAUUUAACUCAUUACGAAAAAGUAUUAAAAAUGCUCGAGGUUUAUUUAAGAAACAGACAAUAUAACGAGGCACUAAAUAAUAGAGGACCGUUUGACAUACAAUUUAAAAAAAAUACCACAAUGGAUAACAAAGAAUCUACAAAAUCUAUCGUGGAAGAACUGCAUGACAAUACAGUCAAAACUGACAAAUCGGCCCAGUUUGGUGGUGUGCAUACUGUUGUUAGAGAAAGGGAAGCAAUAAGGCCCAAAAAAUGGUAUGAUGGGUUUUUGGUUUGCUUUGGAAUAAGAUCUCCGAAAGAUGUUCAUGAUAUCGAAGAUUUGGAUAACCAGUUGAGACGCGAAUCGUCGUUUUUAAUGACAAGAUAUUUGAGAAUAUAA